CACGGGAGGUGUGGGCGGGGAUGGACGGCUCUGCCAACCUACCCUGCAACAUGACAUCUCCUCUGCCGGCUGACCCUGCACUCCUGGUACUCUGGUACAAGAACGGUAUCGACAAACCUAUUUACAGUUUUGACGUGAGGAGAGGUCCAGCCUCCCACUGGAAGAAUCCCAGCCACUUGGGUCAACGAGCUACCUUCCAUCCCACCACAGCCAGCCUUACAUUACAGAGGGUCGAGGAAGACGAUGAGGGAACCUAUCGUUGUAGGGUUGACUUCAGAGUCAACCCUACUCUUACCUUCACUACCAAUCUCAGUAUUAUUGUUCCCCCGCGACGUGUUGCAGUGUACACAGAGUUGGGUGUUGAAGCUCGCAACAUUGUCGGUCCCUACAGCGAGGGGGACACCUUGCGUCUCACCUGUCGGGCCACGGGGGGAUCGCCGCCCCCUACACUCACCUGGUGGGAGGGCCCGCUCCUUCUAGAUAUGACUCCGGAGGUGGAGACAUUGAAACAGGUGUCCAACACACUGGUGGUGCCUGUGCUGACCCGACGUGACCUACAUCGAAGGUUCACCUGUCAAGCUGCCAACUCCAACCUCACAGCUCCGCUCACAACCACCGUCACCCUGGAUAUGAACUUUCCACCGUUGUGGGUUCGUUUGUUGACGAGUCGAGAUCCCGUAAGCGUCGGCAGACAGUAUAUUGUUGUGUGUCAGGCUUCUGGCUCCAGGCCUCCUGCAACCAUUACGUGGCGUCUGGGCAACACAAGACUCACCACUCAUAGCGAUAAGCUGAGUGAUGAGGGUAACGUAACAACGAGUGAGCUGAAGUUUACACCUGAAGUUGGUGAUGGUGGUGAUGUGUUGUCGUGUCUGGCUCACUCCCCGGCACUCACUACACUGCCUCUCAUAGACGAGUGGCUCCUCCAGGUUUAUUACGUUCCUGUGGCAUCCCUGCACCCAGGACGGUCACUCAACCUCAGCAACAUAGAAGAGGGUGACGAUGUGUACUUCGAGUGCUCCAUCAAGGCCAAUCCCUGGGUCUACAAGAUUGUCUGGCUUCACGAGGGCCAGGAGCUACAACACAACGUGACUGCUGGAGUCAUCAUAAGCAACCAGAGCCUGGUGUUGCAGCGGGUGGGCAAGUCAGCCUCUGGCCGCUACUACUGCGUAGCUUCCAAUAUUGAGGGUGAUGGUCAGUCCAACCACAUCAAACUCAAGGUCAAAUAUGCACCUGUGUGUAGGACCCCUCAGAUGUCCUACCAUGGAGCUGCCAGGUAUGAGCAAGUUAACAUUCCAUGCUACCUGGACGCUUAUCCACCACCUGUCUCCUUUAAAUGGACUUUCAACAACAGUGGGGAGAGCGCUGACAUCCCCAAGGAGCACGUCCAGGCACUGGAGUCAGGAUCAACAGUCAGCUACACUCCUAACAAUGAGCUGGAUUAUGGCACUCUCCUGUGUUGGGCCACCAACGCUGUGGGACAACAACGACGACCUUGUGUCUUCCAUGUCUUCCCUGCUGGCAAACCUGACCCAGUACACAACUGUUCCAUGUACAACUUGUCAGUGGAGGUGGUUAACGUGCGGUGUGUUGCUGGCUUUGACGGAGGCCUCCCACAGACCUUCAUACUGGAGCUGUAUCAACCUCACACCAGCACUCUCCUGGCUAACACAACAAACACGGUGCCGACGUUUUCAGUGGGAGGUGUCCCAGCGGACGAGGCUCUCCUGGGAGUCGUGUUCUCCACUAAUGAUAAAGGCAGCAGCGAAAAGAUCAGUCUUCAGGUAUACACACUCAAAGAUAUCACUGAGAGACGCACCGCUGCGGUCAAGCCAUCGCCUACUCAUGGAAAGUCAUCAGCACAUCUCAGCUUGACGCCCAUCAUAGCGCUGGUGCUUGGGGCGGUGGGCGGCGUGUUGCUGGUGAUUAUCAUUAUCUGUGCCGUACUAAGGCUGCGCUCCUGCAGCAGGAGAAACAGAGGACUGUGCAGGCGAGGAAUGCUGCAGGAGGUUGUUCUUGCCAGUAAAGAUGACAUUUCCACCACUGCCUGCCACUCCAAGGUCCCAGCAGACACCCUCACUGACACCAUACAGAUACCUGCCAUCACUGACACCGUCCCACCACCACCAGCGUCUUCAAGACGCGCUGACGAGAACAACCCAGAUGUUAUUCCACAGUCUGGUGAGUACUUUUAA